UUGUCAGAUGGAAAAAGAGAAAAAAGAAGAAACAGAGAGAGAAAUGGAGACAGAGACAGUGAUGAAUGAAUGAAAAAUGAAUCUGGUAUAAGUAAGUCAAUAGAUUUGUUUUUCUCAGAACUCCACCUCUUUCUCUUUCUCUUUCUCUAUCUCUCUCUGGAACUUCACUCCAUCAAGGUUCCAGAGAAAACCGCGUACUCUUUAAAACGCACCAACGGAGAAAGAAAGAAAGAAAAACGCAGAACUCAAGAACACCCCAAGAAAUUCCUACAAUGCCGUUUUUUCUUUAACACCCUUUCGUUUUCUUCCAUCAAGAACCCGUUUUGCCACCGACCCAUUACUCCAAUGCUUCCCCUUCGCCUCAGAGCCGUCGUUUCCUCUCUCAUUCUCUGCUUCCUCUUUUCCCCAUUCUUCUGCCUCGGAAUCCGCUCUUUUCCGACCGCCGAAGACGACGGCUCCUUCUUCCACUACGCGGAGGCACCGGGGUACCGAAAUGGGGCGGGCUGCCCCGUUUCCUCGACCCACACCGCUAUCCCCUCGUGCGACCCGUCUCUGGUCCACAUCGCCAUGACCCUCGACUCCGGCUAUCUCCGCGGCUCCAUCGCCGCCGUGCACUCCGUUCUCCGUCACUCCUCGUGCCCGGAAAGCGUGUUCUUCCACUUCGUCGCGGCGGAGUUCGACCCGGCAAGCCCGCGGGUCCUGACCCGCCUCGUUCGGUCCAUCUUCCCCUCUCUGAACUUCAAAGUCUACAUCUUUAGAGAAGACACGGUGAUUAACCUAAUCUCGUCUUCAAUCCGACAGGCCUUGGAAAAUCCGUUGAACUACGCGCGCAACUACCUCGGCGACAUGCUGGACGCGUGCGUCGACCGCGUGAUCUACCUGGACUCCGACGUGGUGGUGGUCGACGACGUGAGGAAGCUGUGGCGCGUGCCACUCACGGACGCGCGCGUGAUCGGUGCGCCGGAGUAUUGCCACGCGAACUUCACGAAGUACUUCACUGAGGAGUUCUGGAACGACCCUUUACUCUCUCGCGUGUUCUCUUCUCGAAAGCCUUGUUAUUUCAACACUGGAGUGAUGGUGAUGGAUUUGGUGCGGUGGAGGGAGGGGAACUACAGGAAGAGGAUUGAGAACUGGAUGGAACUGCAGAGGAAAAAGAGGAUUUAUGAUUUGGGUUCUCUGCCUCCUUUUUUGCUUGUUUUUGCAGGGAAUGUUGAAGCCAUUGAUCAUAGAUGGAACCAGCAUGGGCUUGGUGGGGACAAUGUUAAUGGGGUGUGCAGGUCUCUGCAUCCUGGUCCAGUUAGUUUGUUACAUUGGAGCGGAAAGGGGAAGCCUUGGGUGAGGCUUGAUGAGAAGAAACCUUGUCCUUUGGAUCGCCUUUGGGAGCCUUAUGAUUUGUAUAAACCCAAACAAACGAGGGAUAGGGUGAGAGAUCAGAGCUGGGGGUUCUCUUCUUCCAUUCUGGUUGGCUAUGCCCAUGAUUUGUUGUGACCAAGAAGAUGAUGAUGAUGACGAUGGUGAUUCUUUGGUACAUUUGUUGUUCAGAGAUUCUUUGUUAGCAGUGUACAGAACAGAUUGAGUAGAAGAGAUUGAUUGGGGUUCUUCAUUCUUUCUGUAGAAUUUCUCUUUUUUUAAGACGUUUUUUUAAAAUUCUUGUGCUUUACAAAAUAUGAAAUUUCAAUUCUUUUCUCUGCUGGUGGAGGGUUCCAUUGGAACGAUUUUGGUGGGUGGGUUCAGUUCCUUCUAUGGGACCAUUGAUUGUAUGUGCCAAACGAAGUGCAGAAUAACAGACAGUUGUUCAUUGUUUUAUUUGGAUUAA